AUGAUCACUCAUCUAGCAGACGGCUAUGUUCGCUUUAUUGCGAAACCGGAUGAUCCAAGCUAUGUUAAGAAAGGUCGCACUGCUAAACUAGUAUGGGACUAUAAACCUUACGAUCAACCGACAACGAUUGUUCUCAGUGUAGCUGUUCAGAAUACAUAUGUACCCUUGCUCGCCAAACAGAAUGGAAGUGUGACCUAUUCCCCAAAUACACCGUCUGCUUAUAUGGGAAGAGUGAAGUUGGAAGGAAGAGCUACUAUGGUCAUCGAUAAUACAUCUAUUAUAAUAAACUCACGUUUAAAACAGUCCCAAAGGUCAUAUGCAAAUCAGCCUCACUUUACUCGUUGGUUCUUGUUUAUUCUUGCAGAGCCACCAAAGAUAAACCUGUCAUCAUUACAAGGAAGUUACCGCGAGGGAUCCUUCGUUAAUAUCAGCUGCACAGCAUCAGGGAUUCCAGAGCCAGAUGUUACAUGGAUCAAAGACGGAAUAGUGAUAGGUUCGAGAAAAAGAGCAGCAUUUCUGAUCUUCAAAAGCAUAAGAAGAACAGAUGAUGGAUGGUAUUUAUGUAGAGCAAAUAACACGGUUGGCAUCAUAACCAAUCAUACAACACUCAUUGUUUACCACCCGCCAACUAUACGAAAUAUAACCACGUCAUCUAGUAAGUCUGGUAUUGGUCAGACAGUGACCAUGAAGUGUUUUUCAAACGGUGUUCCAACACCCACACUUACCUGGUACAAACCUGAUGGAAGUGAAAUAAACAAAGAAAGAGCACGAGAAACCGAAGUACACUUAAAACUGAUGGGUGAUCAAGAUUUUGGUGAUUACAAGUGCAAUGCUGUCAAUGGAUUGAGUCCCUCUGAUGAGCGAGUUGUAAAGAUAACACAGAUAAAUAGACCAGGCCCGCCAAUCAUGGGAUUAUCAGAUGAAGGUAUUCAGGCUAAUUCACUAACAGUAAGGUGGACCGCACCAGCUAAUGAUGGAGGGAGUCCUAUCACAGGAUACCAAGUAGUCAUGCUAAAAGGUGACACAGAAAUAAACAAUAUUAAUAUUACUGAUCCUGGUACAGCAAGAUAUACUUUCGGGGGUUUGGAAAGAGAUAUAAACUACGCGGUGAAAGUGUUUGCAAGAAAUACUGUGUUUGAAGGAGAGCCUGUCGUAGCUACGCUUAAGACAAAGUUUGAAGGUCCCCCGGUAGAAGUGAAAAUGUAUGACCUCCCCAGUGAAACAACAGAUCACGCAAUCACCUUGAAGUGGAAGGAGCCAGAAGACUAUGGAAAAGUAAUUAUACAGUAUACUGUGUACCAAAGAAUAGUGACUAAUGGGAAAUUAGGAAAGUGGACAGUCGUAGGGAAAAUCACGGACAUCUUAAUCAAAGAGGUGACAGUCAAGUUGAAAAGGGGCAAGGUAUAUGAAUUUGUAAUCACUGCCACAAAUGAACUUGGUGAAAGUUUAAAAGAAGAAACGAUGAUCAAAAGAGUAAAAGUGAUAGAUCUACAAAACAACAACAAGAAAGUUUUAGAAGAAUGCAAGUGCUCAUGCCACUGCGUCAUGCUUAUAGCCAUAAUUGGAGUGCUUGUAUUUCUAAUCCUUGUGUUAUUCACUUAUAUUGUCUGGUUACAUAAGAAAGGUAAAUAUCGUUAUUCUUCAGUUUUGCUUUUAUUUUUCGGUCUGAUAAUACCUUCUAGUAACUAAUCAUAGUUCUCUCAACGUAUUUUGUUUCUU